GCGUUACAUCAAAAACAGUACACUCUUUGACGAACUCGUGUCGGCGGCCAAUGCGGGCCAACACACCAAACACGUCAUCGGAGGUAACGCUCCGAUAAUGGCCUCGCGUUUCGCCAAAGAAGGCAUCGGAGAAGUGUUAUUAGCGGCACAGAUGUCACCACAACUCCAGAAGCUGUUGCCAUCGGAUGUGAUGCUGAGUACCCCUCAUCUGACUAAAGAUGAGUUCCAUUUACUGCUGGAAUACCCUUUGGACGAGAACUGGGACGACAAGUACGUGAGUCCACGCGCUAAUCGAUUCAUUGUCCACAACGACCACAAGAACCCACUUCUGGCCUCUUUGGACACCUUCUAUGAGAAGACGGCGGCCUUCAGACCUGAUUUAGUGAUUGUGAGCGGCCUUCAAAUGAUGGAUAACUUUCCCAUUGAUUUCGAAGUUCGCAGACAACGGAUCCAAGUGUUGAGACAAUCGUUGAUUGAUUUGCGAACCAAUGACCCGAAAGUGCGGAUUCACUUCGAAAUGGCCUCCUUUUCGGAGGAGAUCCUACUCAAGACUAUCACCGAAACGAUAUUUCCAAUCGUCGACAGCAUUGGACUCAAUGAACAAGAAGUCAACAAUUUAUAUAAUCUCUACACUUAUGGCAACAUAUCGUUCGUCUCGGAUCCCUAUCCAAGAGUUGCACUCGUUUUGGACCAAAUGAGACAUUUGUACUCAAUGUUGAACAGUGAGAGCACCGGUAGAUUAACGCGAAUACAUGUGCACACACUUGCCUUUCAAGCAAUUCUGGCUAAAAAGGGCUCAAAUUGGAAGGCAUUGAUGGCCAGCAGUGCGAAGGCAGCCCUCACUGCACACAGACAUACGUGUGGCUCAGAAGUGAUUGACGUAAACAAAGCCAAACUCAUUGUCGACGAGUCCUUCUCGACCACCCGUUCCGAUAGUAAUAAACGAAGGAUUGGUUUUGACGCCAAGAAU